AGAGCGGCUCGGCAGCUGCCGGGGGCGGGAGUCUGCGGAAGUCGCCCGCUCUAGGCCGCCGGCUGCCUGCAGUUGUUCGGUGGGUUUCGUGUAGUCGCGGUGCUGCCGGAAUCAAGGCCAGAGGUGUGAAUAAGGUGUCAGCUCUAAAGGGAAGAUUUUCCAAGGAUGCAUCCGUACCACAAGGUUCAUGGCAUGUAUAAUGAGGAUACUUUACAGAUACCUGAGUGUGGAAAAGUCUCUGAGUAUGAGGAUCAGUUAGAGAAGCCGGAGGGCAGCCCCACAGAAGAAAAACAGUAUAGAUGCAGUGAGUGUGGAAAGAAAUUUGCCCAGAGCUCGGGCCUCCUUCGACAUCGGAGAAUCCACACUGGCGAGAAGCCCUACGAGUGUGAUCACUGUGGAAAGGCCUUCAGUGUGCGCUCAACCCUCACUGUGCAUGAACGAAUCCACACUGGGGAGAAGCCCUACACUUGUAACAAGUGUAAGAAGGCCUUUAGUGUGAGAGCACACCUGAUUAUACACCAGAGAAUCCACAAUGGAGAGAAACCCUAUGAAUGUAAUGAAUGUGGCAGAGCAUUUAGUGUGAGCUCAGACCUGAUUAAACACCAGAGAAUCCAUACUGGGGAGAAGCCGUACACGUGUCAUGACUGUGGGAAGGCUUUCAGCGUCAGCUCAGCGCUCAUCAAGCACCAGAGAAUCCACACAGGAGAGAAGCCGUAUGAGUGUAAGGAGUGUGGGAAGGCCUUCUAUGUGAACUCAGCCCUGAUUAAUCACCAGCGGAUCCACUCUGGAGAAAAGCCCUAUGAGUGUGGGGAGUGUAGCAAAGCAUUCAGCCAGAUCUCAACCCUAAUUCAUCAUCAGAGAGUUCAUACUGGAGAGAAACCGUAUGAGUGUAACGAGUGUGGGAAAGCUUUUCGUGGAAGCUCUAAUCUCACUAAACAUCAGAAAAUACACGCCAAAGGAAAAUAUCAGUGACUUAUGUGGUGAGGAUAUUCCCCAGGCCUCUUAUUGCAUCAGAUUUUAGUAUAAAAGAAGAGGAUGGUGACAGUUUAAAUGUAUCGGUACUUUGUCUCUAGGAAUGUUGAUGUGAAAAGUCACUGAAAAGUGACUUAGACUAAGGCCCUGAAAUCACAUCUACUUCUCAGAAUGAAGUUUUACAACUCAUAAGAUUACUGCUGAUGGGCACCCUUGAAGGUACAAAUAUUUGGAUCCCUGGCACCCAUGUUGGAGAUCUGGAUUGGCUUCUUGGCUUUGACCUGGCCCAGCCCUGGCUGUUGAGGGUUUGGGGAGUUAACCAAGCAGAUGGAAGAUCCCCCUCUGUCUGCUGUCUGUCUCCACCUCUCCAUCUUUUAAAUAAAAUGGAAAUGAAAGAAAAUUAUAUCAUAGUGUAGUUUGUAUUGGUUUAGUCAGAGAAAACAACUAAUUUAAGCAUUGUUUUUAUAUUUCUUAUAUGCAGACUUUUUAUUGGUAUUUUGCUGCUUCCAGUUUUAUAGAUGAAACAUAAAUUUUGAAGUUGGAAGCAAUGGUGAUUGGUUAGAUAGGGAGCACAUAUCGUCAUUGAAUCUAGAAGUACAAUGCGUGAUCUUUCUUUGCCUUUGAUGUAGCACUAUGCGUUUAGCCAUGAUUAACAGAAUUAGUGCCCUUUGGCGGAAGAUACAUGAUCUCUGAUACAAGAAUACAGGAUAAGAAUCCUAAUAGAUAAUUCUUCAAGAUUGUUCUUGCUUAGUUAGCAGUUUCCCAGGCUUUUUGACUUAUGGGUUAAUAAAUAAGCCUCUGAACUUGACUGAGGUUCAUGAACAACAACAACAAAACCAGAAAAUCUUCCAAGAAACUGCAGGUGUCUCUGACUUCUGACCCUUGCGUUCAGUGUUUCUCCUUUGUAGUGGAAUAUGCAAAGACUCAGAAUAUGACGCUCCUGGGAGCUGUGCCUGAGUGGGCGUUGACAUUGAUUUUAGAAUGACUUUCAAGGGUUUAUUUAAGUGACAAAGUGAUACUUGAAAACCUACCUUUCUCUCUGUCUCUCUCUCUCACUGUCCACUCUGCCUGUCAAAAAAAAAAAAGUGAUACUUGAAACCUAUUAUUAGCCAGGAGAGCCUAGAUUUAAGAGAUGAUAGAAAGUUAAUGAGUUAAGUUUGGAAAAAAUGUUUUUACUACAUCUGUGGGAAUUCCUGUAGAGCUGUGCCCUGGACCCGGGACCAUAGCCUAAAUUAUAGCCUUACUUCUUAACCCUAAUCCUCAACCCCUAUAUCUGCAGAUGAAAUUCAAGAGAGUUGGCCGGCGCCGUGGCUCACUAGGCUAAUCCUCCCCCUUGCGGCGGCAGCACACCGGAUUCUAGUCCCGGUCGGGGUGCCGGAUUCUGUCCUGGUUGCCCCUCUUCCAGGCCAGCUUUCUGCUGUGGCCUGGGAGUGCAGUGGAGGAUGGCCCAAGUGCUUGGGCCCUGCACCCCAUGGGAGACCAGGAGAAGCACCUGGCUCCUGCCAUCGGAUCAGCGUGGCGGCCAUUGGAGGGUGAACCAACGGCAAAGGAAGACCUUUCUUUCUUUCUCUCUCUCACUGUCCACUCUGUCAAAAAAAAAAUUUUUUUCAAGAGAGAAAUCUGGGCUUUCAGAUUACUUUGAAAAUAAUUUUUCUGUUUUAACUAUGAUUUUUCACACCUUGGUAACAGACUUGAAAUUCUUUUGAUCCCUGAAACUUAACUUGUUUUAAGAUGAACACCAAAUGGAUAGAAAUCGCAGAUUGCUGUGGUCCACAUUAUGAAUAGAACAUUGCCUGGGAAGGUAAAAAUGUGUACAUUUCUCAGAACGGGACUUUUACUGCAAAGGGAUGCACGAUUUCCCUCAGGUUUUCUGUCCUCACUUCAAGCAGAUCAGCUGUAACACACUGGGCUCCAUGACCCCUGAGAUAACUUGUGGCCAAUAGGCAGUGAAGUCACGGCAUUUUAAAAAGUGUCUUAUGAAGACCGUGGGAUUAGGGUAGUACCCACCACCCUCCCCAGGAAGUGAGGGUUGAAGGCAGGGAAGGUUAUGUUUCUGGAGUUCAAUUUGGGGAAGUAAAACCUCAUGGAGUGGCGCAUGUUUGAAGAAGCAAAGCAUACACUUACAGGCAGAAACCCUCCAUGAAGCACCAGGCAAUUUUCUUGGCUAGGUUGAAAGUGUGAAUUACUUUGCAGUGCUUCUUUCUGCCUUUGGCGACUGAGGGAGACUUUGAUUUUCUCCUUGAUCUUCCCUGUCACCUCAUUUCUACACUGUUAUCUGUGGGGAGCAAACCGGACUAGACUGAGUUACUGGAAUUAAGACUUAUUCUAUGCAUCUGCUCUCCCACAAUAUGGCGCUGGGAGAGAAGUAAACAGCUUCCGCACAGCUGCCUCCAGUUCAACCAAUAAACUGUAGGACUUGCUACUGAUUGGAGGAGAGCAGCGUACUCUGCGUGUGGGCAGCCGAGUUGGGAUUGGCGGAGGAGGACUAUAAAGGAGGAGAGAGACGGCAUGCACGGGGAACGUCUAAGGGGAACAUCUAGCUGAAGGAACACCUGUGCAGCCCCCGAGAAGAGCCGGCCGGCAGUGUGCCGCUCCCCUGCGGAAGUGGGGAAUGUGGCCAGGGGGAACUGCCCUUCCACGGAGGUGGAAGGGAUAGUAGCCAACCCGGGAAGAACCAGCAGCAAACUCGGGGAGGGCCGAGCAGACAAAAGAACAGCGCAGGGUCCUGUGUCGUUCCUCCACGAAGAGGGGGAGCGACAGAUAGUAGCCAACCCGGGAAGAACCAGCAGCAAACCCGGGGAGGGCCGAGCAGGCGAAAGAACAGCGCAGGGUCCUGUGUCGUUCCUCCACGAGGAGGGGGAGCGACAUAAUGGUGCCGUGACUCGGAUAUGAAGCCUAGGCAGGGUCUUGUGUCAUUCCUCCACGAAGAGGGGGAGCGACAUAAUGGUGCCGUGACUCGGAUUAGGAAACCUAGGACGGAUAGGAGACCUAGGAGAGAAGAAAUGGGAAGAAGUGGAAAAUACCGGAGAGAGAGACUAGCAAAGAGCCUAGGUGCCGGAAGAAGCUAUUGAAAGCCUAGGCAUAGACUCGGAUAUGGACUGUGGGAAAGAAGUUAGGAUUGAAAGCGAAAGUGAAAGCUUUCAUAGACUCGGAUGCGGACUAUGGCGGGGAAGCUAGGAGAUUGAAAGCGAAAGUGAAACCUGGAGGAGGCUUGGACUCGGAUACGGACUGUGGGAAAGAAGUUAGGAUUUAAAGUGAAAGCAAGAAGAAACUUAGACUCAGAUACGGACUACAGGUUGAAAGUGAAAGUGAAACCUAUAAGAAACUUAGACUUGGAUACGGACUGUGGGGAGAGGCCAGGAGAAAUGAGGGAGGAAUAUUGUUGGAAGAAAACUUAGGGAAACAUACCGGGUAGAGAAAAGUGUUAGGGAAAUUGAAGCUGCGGGGGGCAGGCCGAGGCUGAAACGAAAGCCACUUUGGGAUUCUCAAGUUAGCCCGGGAAUAGGGGGCGAAAAGUUGAAACCAGAAGCUGAAACGUAAGCCUGGUUGGGAUCCGUCUGAUUAGCCCGGGGAGCAAAGGACGGGAAGCCAAACCGUGGGGCGGAGACGUAAGCUGGGUUGAAUUCGCCAGGCUAGCCCGGGGAACUUAGAUUGAAUGCUAGUGGCGGACACGUAAGCUACGCUGUGUGACUCGUGGAGGCUGCCGCGCGCAGAGAGAGCGUGCGGGGCACAAGUAGAUAGGGAACGGGGCUGGCGCGAGGCCGUGGUGCAGACGCGAAGGGCGUGGAGACCGCGGAGCGCGCGAAGCCAAGCCGCGCAAAGCCGGGAAGCAGCGCAGAUGAGAGAGACGCGGGCUGAAGCGGCUCAGCCGGAAAGCCGCCGAGAAAUAGCCUCGGGGCGGAGCCUGCCGGCAGGGCGAGGUGCCGGGAAGCUGCAGGGAUAAGAGAAAUAGAAAUUUAGAAGUAAAGUGAGAGAAAUAGGAAUGCUGGAAGAUAGAAGUAAAAUGGGAGAAAUAGGAAUGCCCGGAGAUAGAGAAAUAGAGAAAUAGAAAGGCCUCCCCUCAACAUGGCAAUGAGAAAGCUUGGAUUCGGUCUGCCUGAUUGAGGCGAUGAGCACCUGCGGGCGGCUAGCAGCUUAUGCGCCGCAGGUCACCGAAGACAGGCACGAAUUAACAUCAGUAAGGCCUCCCCACAAUACAACAAUUAGGAGGCUUGGAUUCGGUCUGCCUGAUUAAGGCGGUAAGCACCAGCAAGAAGCUCGACCAGAGUAUGAGCUGCAGGUCACCGAAGAUAGGCACGAACCAACACUAAUAAGUCUCCCCCACAAUACGGCAAUGAGAAAGCUUGGAGUCGGUCUGCCUGAUUAAGGCGGUAAGCGCCAGCAGGCGGCUCGACCAGAGUGUGAGCCGCAGGUCACCGAACACAGGCACGCAUCAGCGCCUAAAAACCUCCUCACAACAUGGUGAAGAGAGGACCCGGAUUCGGUUUGCCUGAUUGAUAGGACUUGUAAGAACCUGUGGCAACUCUAGCAAGUAGAGCAGAGUGUGUGCCGCGGGACACCGAAGACAGGCGCGUAUCAACGCCAAAAAUAAAAAGAAAGGGGGAUCUGUGGGGAGCAAACCGGACUAGACUGAGUUACUGGAAUUAAGACUUAUUCUAUGCAUCUGCUCUCCCACAAUAUGGCGCUGGGAGAGAGGUAAACAGCUUCCGCACAGCUGCCUCCAGUUCAACCAAUAAACUGUAGGACUUGCUACUGAUUGGAGGAGAGCAGCGUACUCUGCGUGUGGGCAGCCGAGUUGGGAUUGGCGGAGGAGGACUAUAAAGGAGGAGAGAGACGGCAUGCACGGGGAACGUCUAAGGGGAACAUCUAGCUGAAGGAACACCUGUGCAGCCCCCGAGAAGAGCCGGCCGGCAGUGUGCCGCUCCCCUGCGGAAGUGGGGAAUGUGGCCAGGGGGAACUGCCCUUCCACGGAGGUGGAAGGGAUAGUAGCCAACCCGGGAAGAACCAGCAGCAAACUCGGGGAGGGCCGAGCAGACAAAAGAACAGCGCAGGGUCCUGUGUCGUUCCUCCACGAAGAGGGGGAGCGACAGAUAGUAGCCAACCCGGGAAGAACCAGCAGCAAACCCGGGGAGGGCCGAGCAGGCGAAAGAACAGCGCAGGGUCCUGUGUCGUUCCUCCACGAAGAGGGGGAGCGACAGUUAUCUUUAAGGUUUGUUUGUCUUAUUAACCCUAGCU